AUGGUUCCGUGUGGAGCAAAUCUACCACAGACACAUCCACGAGCUUCAGAAAUGCUUACUCUUAUCUCCGGAGGGUCUCUUCAAUUUGGUUUUGUUGACACUCAAGGUCAAGCUUUCAUCGAUAUUUUGCAUCCUGGAGAUGUCACUAUAGUUCCGAGGGGUAAGCUCCAUUUUGAGCUUAAUGUUGGAAAUGAAGAAGCUAAUUAUAUCUCUGCUCUCAACAGCCAAAAUCCUGGUGUCGUGACGAGCAGCGUGUCAAUAUUGACUCUUCCGUUGAGAAGUGUGGCGACAGCUUUCAACAUCACCCAACAAGCUGUCAAGAAAUUAGAUUCAACGAUAUAUGCCAGUGCAACGGGACUGAAGAAAACAUCCAAAAGCGGUUGUGUUCCAGGGAGAGAUAUUACUGUAGACUUUUAA